AACCAUCGGUAAAAGAAUCUCCCUUACUAGUAAGACUAUCAGAAACUACCUAACCCCUCCGGACCUCCCUAUCAUCCUAGGAGUCCUAUCUCUCUUUCCUCUUAAACCCUAAAACUCCCUAUCAUCCUAGAAACUACUCUCUCCUUCCCCCCAAAACUCCGGCGACUGGAAAAUACCACCGGAGAGUUCCCUUGACCAUCUCCGACCAUCGAUAUCUCCGCCAACGGUUAUAAUGUCGGUGGCCAAUCAUCAAUUAAAUGCGUCUGCUCCACCUUCUUCUUCUUUGUCUUCUAUAUUUGCUCGCUCCGAUUUUACUCGUUCAAGUGUUCAGAUAGUUGGCGUUAGAGUUAAAAAACCCGGGUUUUUUAAAUGUGUUGCAACUCCACAGACUGCUUACACAAGCAAGGUCUCCCGAAAUCCUAAUAUAGCUAAGCUGCAAGCCGGCUAUCUCUUUCCCGAGGUUGCCAGAAGAAGAGCCGCGCACCUGGCCAAAUAUCCAGAUGCUCAAGUGAUAAGCCUUGGAAUUGGUGACACUACUGAGCCCAUUCCUGAUGUCAUUACAUCUGCCAUGGCUAAGCGAGCACAUGAUCUUUCAACACUAGAAGGCUAUAGUGGUUAUGGAGCUGAACAAGGUGAAAAGAAAGUAAGAGCUGCGAUUGCUUCAACAUUUUAUGGUAACCUUGGUAUUGAAGAAGGUGAUAUAUUUGUCUCAGAUGGAGCUAAGUGUGAUAUAGCGCGCCUACAGAUGCUUUUUGGAUCAGAUGUCACAAUGGCUGUGCAAGACCCAUCGUACCCGGCAUAUGUGGAUUCAAGCGUUAUAAUGGGCCAGACAGGACAAUAUCAGAAGGAUUCAGAGAAGUAUGGUAAAAUUGAGUACAUGAGGUGUAAUCCUGAGAAUGGCUUCUUUCCAGAUUUGUCUGCUGUUGGAAAGACAGAGAUUAUUUUUUUCUGUUCACCAAACAAUCCUACUGGUGCUUCUGCGACAAGAGAGCAACUAACCAAAUUGGUGCAAUUUGCCAAGGACAAUGGGUCAAUCAUUGUUUAUGAUUCUGCAUAUGCAAUGUAUAUUUCAGAUGACAGCCCACGCUCAAUUUAUGAAAUUCCUGGAGCCAAGGAGGUUGCUAUUGAGACAGCGUCGUUUUCCAAGUAUGCGGGAUUCACUGGUGUUCGUCUUGGCUGGACUGUUGUGCCAAAAGAACUUUUAUUUUCAGAUGGAUUUCCUGUGGCAAAGGACUUUAAUCGCAUUGUCAGUACUUGCUUCAAUGGUGCUUCCAACAUAUCCCAAGCCGGUGGUCUAGCUUGCCUUUCUCCAGAAGGCCUCAAGGCAAUGAAGCAAGUCAUUGGUUUCUAUAAAGAAAAUACUAACAUAAUAGUGGAUACAUUCAAGUCCCUUGGUUUUAAUGUAUAUGGGGGGACAAAUGCGCCAUAUGUGUGGGUGCACUUUCCUGGUCGAAGUUCUUGGGAUGUUUUCAGUGAGAUUCUUGAAAAGACUCAUGUGGUAACCACGCCUGGUAGUGGAUUUGGACCUGGAGGUGAAGGUUUUGUCCGUGUUAGUGCCUUUGGUCACCGGGAAAAUAUUCUGGAAGCCUGCAGAAGAUUCAAACAGUUGUAUAAGUGAUAUGCUUGAAUCAUAUUUCUUGCCCAUAGGGCUGUUAGUUUGAAGUUUUGAACAAUGUUGGCCAUCAUAUAUUCUAUUUAAGAACUUAAAAGUGUUCUCUUUUCUUCCUUGCUUU